AUGGAAUCUCUCUCCCGUGCUGUUGCAGCCGUUACGGCGACAUCCCUCGCCCUUUCGGGAACCUUGAUGGUUGUGGCGGCGCUUGUGCUGUUCAUUGCAGCGCACCGCAACGACAACUACUCGUGGGUGGACCGAUCGUGGUCUAUUCUACCGGUGGUGUACACGUGGAUCCACGUAUACUACACACACCAGCAGGCACGCGAGGCCGCUGUGAGGCGAGCCGCAGGGCAGUCGUUCCCGCUGAGCACCGCAACCCUCUUCGGCCUCGUCAUAACGGUGUGGGGGUGCCGACUGAGCUUCAACUUCUUCCGCCGCGGCGGGUAUGCCCGUGGUGGCGAGGACUACCGGUGGAGUUACGUACACACGUGGCGUAUCUUCGCCUGCUCGCCCGUCGUGUGGACGCUCUUCAACUUCUUUAUCAUUUCCUUCUUUCAAACAUGGCUGCUGUGGGCCAUCACGCUGCCUGUCAUGCAGUUUCCAGCGAGGCCGGCAACGGCGAAGGAGGCUGCAUUUGGGGUGAUGCUGCUGGCUCUCGUUACCUUUGAGACGAUCUGCGACGAGCAGCAGUGGCGGUUUCAGUGCGCGAAGGUGCGUACGCCGCGCCAGGCCCCUUACUGCUACGGGUUCUGUGUCACAGGUGUCUUCGGCUACAGCCGGCACCUAAACGUCUUCUGUGAGGCGUCGCUCUGGGUGAUGUUGGCGGUGGCCGCGCGCAGCUGUGGGACAGCGCCGAUGUCGUGGUGGCAAUGGUCUGGGUGCACCAUGCUGGCGCUGCUCAUUCUAUUCUCGACAGCCAUGAUCACGGAGAAGCUGACCGCUAAAAAAUACCCCGGCUAUGCCGUGUACCAGUCCAUCACGCCCAUGCUCUUCCCUUCCCUCUAUUCGACGUCGGGGAAGGUGUUGUUGGCGCUAAAGAAGAUGAGGUAG